AUGAAAUAUAGAAGGUCGAUCACAAUAGCAAUGGCCGAUGCUGGCCAAGUGGUGACGUUGAAUAUGAGAAAUGGUAAAUGUAUUCAGGGACGGAUCAAAUCCGUUGAUGCUGAUAAACAAAUUGUACUCGUAGAACGACCCUUUUUAAAUGGUAAACCAAUGGGCGAACAUGAACGAAAGUUUCCAAUUAGUUCGAUUCUUUCCUUUCGAAUUUUAGAUGUCAAGUUUGAAGCAGAGGACAGAAAGGGCGUUUCUGAAACAAAUACUGCCGAAUCUAUUAAUACUUCUGAUGGUGCUACAGUUGCAAAAGGAAUCAAAACACGGCCGACUGAAGGUUUAGUAAAUGUUCAAAAAUCUUUAAUGGUAUUGCACACUGCCAGUGACUCCCCAUCGAAAACAAGAAAACAUUUUGACGCAGUUCAUCGAGUAGAUUUUGAAAAGGAAACAGUUAAUGCAACUACAAGUGCUCACAAGAACAGUGAUAGCAUCUAUACUGUUACAGUUGCUAACAUACCGCUCCAUGCAAAUAACACACCGCUUCAACAGUCUUCUUAUUCUUCUCCUUCUGGUUCAUCCUGUUCAUCGCCAAUAGCCAAACCAUUGGUAAAAUUAAAUCGUCGAACUAACACUGGAGGUGGACGACGUUUUCUUUCAAAUAAUGGUGAACCAAAGUUACUAUCAUGUGCAGCUGACCCAUCACAUAAGGGAAGACGAAAUCGUGAGCAUGCUGGAAUAUCGGAAUUAGGUGCUGUUGGUCAGAGUAACAGAGAUAAAAAAACAAAUGAAGAUCUUAUCAAACCUAUUGAUUUUGACUUGAAUGAGGACUUCGAUUUUGAGAAAAAUUUGGAGAUUUUCAGAAAUUACGAGAAAAAUGUAAAUAUUUCCGAACAAAAGGAAAUCUCAGCACUAGGAACACAGUUUGCACAAAAGAAUUAUGAGCAUUUCGAGAAUGUCAUUUCGGAUCCUUCAAGAGUUACAUCAUGGACAACGAAGACACAUGAUCAGUUUGUUGCAACGCGUUUUGAAAAAACAAUAGAUGGACAACGGAUUCCGUUUUUAAAACCCUGCGACAAAGAAAAGUUUUUGCAGAAAGCGGAGCCUUAUUUGGGAAGCGAUAUAUUCCAUGUAAUGAUUGCGGAUCGAUUAAUGAUGUUUAUUUGGAACAUUAUUGAUAAGUUUGAAAUAAUGGUUAGUCAAAUAGUUGUGUUAGACUCAGCAGCGGUUAAUACUUUCUUAACAACGAUGUUUUUGCGCCAUGUUUCGAAUAGAGCUUGUCAAACAGUUGUAUAUUCAUGCUUACUUGGCCAGUACAACUUACCACACGUACUUCAAGUUCAUAACGUACAAGAGCUUCCAAAACACGAUGUUCAACUUAUCGUUGUUUUGGGUCCUUUGCUUCUGAGAAGUGUUAGAGAAUGGAUAAAGAAUUUGUGGCCACCAGCUCAUUUGGUUUGUAUAGAAAAAUCGCCAAAACUUGUUAAAAAUGAACAUAUUUUGAUGGUUGGUAUUGGAACUGAUAACGACAGCACUCUAAAACAGAAGAAUUCAGAUAGUUUGCGUGGUGUUGCAGACAUUGGGAUACCAUUUGCUUGGAUGGAUGCUGAUUCUGCUGCGUGCCUUUCACGUGCAUUUGCUAUACAAAAUAUUGUUUUGUUGACAUAA